AUGGCUAAGAAGAGACAACGUACACCAACUAUCGAAACUUCUCCAUCUCGUGAGGACUCUCACUCUCACGAGGACAGGGAAAGUGAAGAAAGUGGACCUGACACCAAUAAAGAGGGAGAUGAGCCAUUGUAUCAAAUUGACCUCAAUCAAGAAAAUAUUCAAAAAGAGUAUGGAUGUCCGUUUUCCAUAUACCUUGCGGAUGAAAGCAUGCACUUUAGAAAUCUUGACGAAUCAUUUAUCACCCAACCUCGAAAAAUUGAUUGGCAACUUUUAGAAAAGAUCGGGACUGGCAACAACGUAAAAGAGUACCUCGCCAAUGUCAACCGUUUGCAAUACGCAGAAAUGCAAUAUCAAGCUUACCACCCCCUAACGCUUGAAUUUAUUAGCACAAUGAAUAUUGAAGACAAAAACAAACUUCUUACAUGUCAGAUGAUGGGAAGAGAGUGCAAGGUGACACCCAAGGUGAUGAAAGAUGUUUUCGGGUUCACGUCCGUGGGCACUAAAAAAAAGCCCAUAGGUUAUCUCAAGAGGGCUCCAAUGGAUUGGAAGGUGAUUUCCGGGAGUGACAAAUUUACAUCAAACGGGGCUUCUUUUUUUCUUGUGAAGGAUGUUGCUUUAGGCUUUUUUGGGAAGUUCAUCACUUAUCAAGUCUCGGGGAAGGAUCAAACUACUAGAUUGAACCAACAUGAACUUUUAUAA